CAAGCAGAGCCUCAGAAGCGCAGCUACAGCAGCGUUAGGAGCUUAUCGUUGAGCACAGCGCAGCGUGUUCGCAUUUCAGCCUGUCGUUUAUGCAUAGACGUCGCGAAACCUCGUUAUCUUUAUUCGGAUCCUCGGCAUCUCUUGUUUUCCUUUAAUUCCAGCCCUAUGAGAUGGAGAAGAGGGCGCUUUGGACAUCCUGUUAUUUUGUGCGCUUUGUAACCCUCUUCCUCUGCGCACGAGCGUCAGGCAACCUGCCACUGUGUAAAGAGGUAAACGACAACAUGUCCCCUUUUUGCCCCAGGAACACUUACUCUGGAAAGGGAGCCAGUUCAUGUACACCAUGCUCCAAACCACAGUACUCCCAGGAGGGAUGGUCGCAGUGUAAAGAAAGACCUCCUUGUUCAGAGAAAGACUAUUUUCAAAUCCACACGGCCUGUGAUAGUGACGGCAAGACCCAGAUGCUGUACAGGUGGGUGGAGCCUCAGGUGUGUGUGGAGAAUGUGUCUGGUGCUGUGACGCUGCCUCCUUCUGGAGAGAAAGAGGACUGUCCGCCCUGCAAUCCAGGAUUUUACAUGCACAAUUCUUCCACCUGUUUACCCUGCCCUCAAGGCACCUACUCUGAUGGCACCACAGAAUGUCAAAGAUGCCCAGGAGGAACUGAACCUUCUUUGGGAUAUGAAUACAAGUGGUGGAACAUCCUGCCGAGGAAUAUGAAAACGUCUUGUUUUAAUGUGGGCAACUCCAAAUGUGAUGAAAUGAAUGGUUGGGAAGUGGCUGGCGACCACAUUCGUAUCGGAGUGGGCGGCUCAGAUAAUGAUUACCUCAUCUUAAAUUUACGAGUGCCUGGAUUCAAACUUCCUACUUCUGUGAACGAUGCUUCAGCUACUGAAUUCGGCCGAAUCACGUUUAUCUUCGAGACCAACUGCAGCGCAGACUGCGAACUCUAUUUUAUGAUAGACGUAAACAGGAAGAGCACAAAUGUUGUGGAAUCAUGGGUAGGGAGUAAACCGAGACAAGCGUACACCCACACCAUGACCAAAAAUGCUUCGGUUUCGUACACAUGGGCUUUCCAGCGCACCAACAAAGCCUCUGAUGUGCGUCAGCAUGUAAAUGACAUUGCAAAGAUCUACUCGAUCAUGGUGACUAAUGCGAUGGAUGGCUCAGCAUCUGGUUGCCACGCCUGUGCUAUGAUGAGUCAGCAGGAUGGCUCUUCCUGUGUCCCCUGUCCCGCUGGACACUUCAUCAACAAAGACACCAACCAAUGCCAGGAAUGCCCGCCCAAUACUUUCCUCUCUGGGCAUCACAUUUAUGGCCAGGAGGCCUGUCAGCCCUGCGGACCUGGAAGCAAGAACAACAAGGAGCACUUUGUGUGUUUUAACGACUGCACCUUCUCGCAUAUGGAUCGCAACCGAACGCUGACAUACGACUUGAGUGCCUUGAGCUCAGUGGGGUCAAUCAUGAAUGGGCCUAGUUUCACCUCCAAGGGAACUAAAUACUACCACCAGUUUAAUAUCAGUCUGUGUGGGGCUGAGGGGAGGAAGGUGGCGGUGUGCACUGACAAUGUUACAGAUCUGUCCAGUAAGGACCUGCAAAAUGAAUCCGCUGACCUUAACAAUUUCGUCAAGACUUUUGUGUGCCAAUCAACCAUCAUCCCUGCAGAUGGACGGGGCUUUAGAACAUCACUGUCGUCUCAGUCCAUCAGCCUGGCUGACACUUUCCUUGGAGCUUCUGUUCACAAAAAUCUGGAUGGGGUCACUGUCAGCUCAGACCUCUUCCCUGAGUCUUCAUGGAAAGUUCCAGAUAUCAACUUCUUCUAUCGCUCUCCACAGCCCACAGCAUCCUGUCUGAACGGCCGGAGCACAGUCGUGACUCUGCGUUGCAAUCCUGAGAAGAGUGCACGCGGAGAGCUCACUGUGCCUAGCAAGUGCCCAGCAGGUACAUGUAAUGGCUGUGAGUUUCAUUUCCUCUGGGAGAGCUCUAGCGCUUGUCCUCUCUGCACUGAAACCGACUACCAUUCGAUAGAAGGAGCGUGCAAAGGAGGAGUACAGGACACCCUCUAUGUGUGGAACGAACCUAAAUUUUGCACCAAAGGGGUACCGCUCCCGAACAAGACCUCCGCCCACUGUGAGGUGGUCAGCCUAUGGGUGAAGGCCGGAAUUGGGGGCGGAGCCUUCAUGGCUGUCCUCUUGGUUUCUCUCACAUGUUAUUUCUGGAAAAAGAACAAAAGGCUUGAAUAUAAAUACUCCAGACUAGUGAUGUCGGCCAAUAAGGACUGUGAGUUGCCAGCAGCGGACAGCUGUGCAUUAGCAGAGGGAGAAGGGGAGGAGAAUGAGGACGAUGUUGUUUACUCACAUACUCCUUCGUUACUGGGUAAACUGAAAGCUAUCGCAAGCAAGGCAGACAGAGACAACAGCGAGUCAGUACAGCUGAAGUCUUCUCAGUCAGAGAGAUGGGUUUGGGGAUAACUGG